CGAAACGAACAUUCACAGUCGACCCGUUCGCCGCACCAACAGGGACGCAUACAGUUGCAGCGCUCGUUCAUCGCCGCGUGUAAUACCGUUUAUUAUUUUUAUAUUCCAUUUAAAAAUAAUAUUCGUACGACGCGCCGUCGUGCGUCUAAGUCUCCGGGCGUCAUUCGCAUCAUAGUAUUUUAUAAUAAUAUUAUAGUGUGAUCGUUCAUUUUUUUUUUCUUUGGUGUGUACUUAUUAUUUCAUAUACAUACUCGGCACUCGCGUCGUCCGCAGUGUCCACCCGCAGAUACACCGAUAACUCCAUCCGAACGUCGGCCAAAAGGUGGUGGUGUACCAAUCAUCAUGAAUACGUCUUUCUUGCGGUUGCUGUGCACUCUCUUUGCACUAUCCCAUUAUGCAUUGGCACAAAGUGGUUAUAAUUACAACAAACCAUCAAAUCCCUUAAACGGUCCAACUACGCUAAGACCAUCAGGAACUAGUUUUCCUACUUCAUUCCCUACAACAGUUUCAUCAUACCCAACUCAGGCUGACCAAUUUGGUUCUACUGGACCUACUGGUACACCCAGUUUUACUGGUGGAUAUGGUGGCCAAACAGCCUAUCCUACAUCUGCACCCCAAGAUUUCACUACUGCUAAUUUCCCUAGUUCAACCGCACAACGACCUGGAAGUUUCCCUACUGGUUCUGGUUCAUCGCCUGGUUAUGGCUCUUCUGGCGAUGGUUCAUCUGGACCAAACACGAGACCAAGCUAUGGCCCAAGUGGACAAGAAAGCUUAGGAGCUCCUCAAAGUGGUAAUGGAUAUGGUGUUGGAUCAGGAUCUGGUUUUGGCUCUGGAAACUCAAGACCAAGUGGAUUUGGUGGAAGUUCAGGAACACCAAGUUCAACUGGUUUUGGAAGUGGAAAUGCACCUGGUAGUUAUGGAAGUGGCAACAGUGUAGGAACCACUGGAUUUGGAAGUGGAAAUGCCCCUGGUAGUUAUGGAACUGGUAACAGUGUAGGAACCACUGGAUUUGGAAGUGGAAAUGCCCCCGGCAGUUAUGGAAGUGGCAAUAGUGUAGGAACCACUGGAUUUGGAAGUGGAAAUGCCCCCGGCAGUUAUGGAAGUGGCAACAGUGUAGGAACCACUGGAUUUGGAAGUGGAAAUGCUCCUGGUAGUUAUGGAACUGGUAACAGUGUAGGAACCACUGGAUUUGGAAGUGGUAAUGCUCCGGGUUAUGGUGGUAGUAGCGGUUCUACAGGUUUUGGAAGCAACCCGGGAUCAAGCGGUUUUGGCAUAGGUAGUUCACCUGGCAAUUAUGGAAGUAACAAUGUCGGCAGUGUUGGUACACAAGGACCAAAUAGUUUUGGAAGUGGUAACAGUGGAUCCAAGCCAAGCUAUGGAGGUACUGGCAUUGGUGGACCUAGCAGUGUAGGUGGUGGAAAUUCUGGUGUACAAGGACCAAGCAGUUUCUUCGGUGGAAACGGUGGUAAUCAAGGACCUAGCAGUUUCUUUGGUGGAAACGCUGGUAGUCAAGGACCUACCAGUGUAGGAGGUGGAAAUGCUGGUUUACAAGGACCAAGCAGUUUCUUUGGUGGAAACGGUGGUAGUCAAGGACCUACUAGUUUUGGAAAUGGUUUUGGAUCUGGUAACUCGCCAACUGGAAAUAACGACGAUGGUUCUUAUGAAGGUGGAGACUUAUCUGCUAUACCUGGAGAACCAGGUAAAGACUACCCAAUACUAUCCGAAAUACCAAAUACUUCAUUCACUUGUAACCAAAGAUUACCAGGAUACUACGCUGACACAGAAACCAGAUGUCAAGUAUUCCAUAUAUGUUCUAAUGAUAUCAAAUACGAUUUCUUAUGUCCUAAUGGAACAAUAUUCCACCAACAGCACUUUGUAUGUGUCUGGUGGAAUCAGUUUGAUUGUUCAACUGCUGAAAGUCUAUAUGGCUUGAACGCUAAUAUUUAUGACUACUCUAAAGUAGGCUCUCCGGGACAAUCAGGCCCACAAGGACCAAUCGCCAACUUCCCUGGACAAGUCGGUCCAAAUGGACCAAUCGGUAACUUCCCAAUAAUUUCUGGUCCACAAGGUCCAGUUGCAAAUUACCCAGGACAGUCCGGACCACAAGGACCCACCGCCAACUAUCCAGGACAAUCCGGCCCUCAAGGACCGAUCGCCAACUAUCCAGGACAAUCGGGCCCUCAAGGACCAAUUGCCAACUAUCCAGGACAAUCGGGCCCUCAAGGACCAAUUGCCAACUACCCAGGACAGUCAGGACCACAAGGACCAACUGCUAACUACCCAGGACAAUCCGGACCACAAGGACCAACUGCUAACUACCCAGGACAAUCCGGACCACAAGGACCAACCGCCAAUUAUCCAGGCCAAACUGGUCCCCAGGGUCCAACUGCUAACUACCCAGGACAGUCUGGUCCCCAAGGUCCAACUGCCAACUACCCAGGACAAUAUGGUCCCCAGGGUCCAUCAGCUAACUACCCAGGUCAAUCGGGUCCUCAGGGUCCAACUGCCAACUACCCAGGACAGUCUGGUCCCCAAGGUCCAACUGCCAACUACCCAGGUCAAUCAGGUCCUCAGGGCCCAACUGCCAACUACCCAGGACAGUCUGGUCCUCAAGGUCCAACUGCCAACUACCCAGGACAGUCUGGUUCUCAAGGCCCAUCAUCCAACUACCCAGGACAAUAUGGUCCCCAGGGUCCAUUAGCUAACUACCCAGGUCAAUCAGGUCCUCAGGGCCCAACUGCCAACUACCCAGGUCAAUCGGGUCCCCAGGGUCCAUCUGCCAACUACCCAGGUCAAUCAGGUCCUCAGGGUCCAUCUGCCAACUACCCAGGACAGUCUGGUCCUCAAGGUCCAACUGCCAACUAUCCAGGACAAAUAGGAUCACAAGGCCCAACGGCGAACUAUCCAUCACAGACAGGUGCAGUAUUCCCAAGUCAACGUCCAAGUAGCUACCCAGGUGCACAAGCUACACCAUCAUACCCAUCAACAGGUGUGAUCAAUAACGGUCGACCAAGUUCUCAAGGUCCGUAUGGAAGUUCAGGCACAACACCUUACCCCAGUCAAGGAAGUACUGUGGGAUCAUAUGGUCCAAGCUCAACUACAUCAGGUGUUUCGCCGACUCCUGCAUCAUACCCGGGAUCAACUUCCUUAUCUGAUGCACAGUUUGUAAACUCAUACAAUACACCACCAGUACCAGACAGGGAAUACUUGCCACCAUAUAGAAAAUGAUGACCUAAGCUCAAAAUUGCCAUAAUUUAGUUUUACUAUCAAAUUUAUUACCUAGUGUUAGAUUUUUUUUAUAUUAUUUUUAUUAUUGAACAUUAUUAAUAUCACAAUAGUUUAUUUCGCUUAUUUAAAGUCAUUAAGUCAAUUAUAUUAUAAAUAAUAUAAUCUAAAUGCUACAUGGAAGAGUAUAAUUUGAAAAUUCACCUAAUCGUAUCUACGUAUUAAAUUAUGUAUAUAAAAUGAAUUAUUUGUAAUAAUAAACUAUAUAACCUUUU